AUGAAGAUGAUGAUGCAAAAGAACCAGGAUCUCCAGCUUGGCAAGCUCAUUCCCAGGGCACGCGUGGGACCCGUUGCCAAAUGGCAUGAAGAUGCUUGGAUUUUCGGCCAAGAACUUCAAAAUCCAAGUGAGAACACUAGCUGUAGUAUCGCGUGCCGCGAAAAUAACACCGAUAAUAUUAUCGGCAAUUUGCUCGUCCGACAAACCCUCGUUAUCCUCCAUGAAGGACCCGAGCAAAUCGUUAUAGCUCUGCUUCAUUUCUCUCCUUACGGUUAUAAUAUUGGCGAGCAUUUUCGCCAACUCUUUACGAGCCUUCAUUGCCUUGUGGAAAAGCGUGCCCGGCAAGUUAACCGCCAUCGAGUUGUAACCUUUUUCGACCUCGUGAUAGCACUUCUUGAGAUUCUCCCGUCUAUCCUCCCAAGACUCCAAGGAGCAAAGGGCAAUGGACUCGAUGUUCGGGAUCAUGGCUUUGAUGGACUCGGGCAUGAAAGCGCGCAAAACGAGCUUUCGGAGCUUGGCGUGAUAAUCCCCUUGAUGGAAAAAUAUCGCUUGUUUGCCGAGCAUUCUCUCUUUGCUAGCCGGGAAUGUGGGCUUGAAGAGAUGGGCUUUUGA